GUAAAUGGCUCCUCCUGCAGAAGAGAAUCGAAAACGGAGGCUGAACUGGAGUGCCUGGGCUGAAAAAGGCAAAACACUACAAAUUACCAUUUUCCGGACAAGAUACUGGGUGCUUGAUAGUGCAAUGGUUUUUGGGUUUCUAUUUUAUGUUUUAGAUUGAACUCUAUCUUAGAAUUAAGAAAGGGUUCUAACGUUCUGUUGAAUAAUAAACACCCCAAAUGAACUCCGUCAGAGCGACCAACCGAAGACCCAGGCGAGUGUCGAGGCCGCGCCCGGUACAGCCGGAAAGAAACAACCAAGAAAGAGAUGAGGAGGUGGCUGCAGACAUGGUCGCUGAAGAAUCUGGACCAGGAGCUCAAAAUAGUCCAUACCAACUUCGAAGAAAAUCACUUUUACCGAAGAGAACUGCAUGUCCAUCAAAGACUAGUAUGGAGGGUGCUUCCACGUCUACGACGGAAAACUUUGGUCAUCGAGCAAAGCGUGCUAGGGUGUCAGGAAAAUCACCAGAUCUACCAGCUGCUCCAGCAGAGCAGUACCUGCAGGUGAAGCUCCCAGAUGAGGUGGUACUGAAGAUCUUCUCCUAUCUGCUAGAACAAGAUCUAUGUCGGGCUGCCUGUGUGUGCAAACGGUUUAGCGAACUGGCCAAUGACCCCAUCAUAUGGAAGAGACUCUAUAUGGAGGUUUUUGAGUACACCCGUCCUAUGAUGCAUCCAGAGUCUGGGAAGUUCUAUCAAAUUAACCCAGAGGAGUAUGAGCAGCCCAACCCAUGGAAGGAUAGCUUUCAGCAGCUUUACAAGGGGGCACAUGUGAAACCAGGCUUUGCAGAGCAUUUCUACAGUAACCCAUCCAGAUACAAAGGGAGAGAGAACAUGUUGUAUUAUGACACCAUUGAGGAUGCACUAGGUGGGGUCCAGGAGGCUCACUUUGAUGGACUGAUAUUUGUCCAUUCGGGGAUCUACACAGAUGAGUGGAUCUAUAUAGAGUCACCAAUCACGAUGAUUGGUGCAGCACCAGGGAAAGUAGCAGACAAGGUAAUCAUCGAGAACACUAGAGAUUCAACAUUUGUGUUCAUGGAGGGGUCAGAAGAUGCUUAUGUCGGCUAUAUGACAAUAAAGUUCAACCCUGAUGAUAAGUCAGCCCAGCAUCAUAAUGCACACCACUGCUUAGAGAUCACAGUCAACUGCAGUCCUAUCAUCGACCACUGCAUCAUUCGCAGCACAUGCACAGUGGGUUCAGCGGUGUGUGUGAGUGGCCAGGGUGCGUGUCCUACCAUCAAACACUGUAACAUCAGUGAUUGUGAGAAUGUAGGCCUCUACAUCACAGACCAUGCACAGGGCAUUUAUGAAGACAAUGAAAUAUCCAAUAAUGCACUAGCUGGGAUCUGGGUGAAGAAUCACGGAAACCCCAUAAUCAGACGCAAUCACAUCCACCAUGGUAGAGAUGUGGGAGUCUUCACCUUUGACCAUGGCAUGGGUUACUUUGAAAGCUGCAACAUUCAUCGAAACCGAAUAGCAGGGUUUGAGGUGAAGGCGUAUGCUAACCCGACAGUUGUGCGCUGUGAGAUCCACCAUGGCCAGACAGGGGGCAUCUACGUGCAUGAAAAGGGCAGAGGACAGUUUAUUGAGAACAAGAUCUAUGCAAACAACUUUGCUGGUGUGUGGAUUACCUCAAACAGUGACCCCACAAUUAGGGGUAAUGCGAUCUUCAAUGGCAACCAAGGUGGUGUUUACAUAUUUGGCGAUGGCCGAGGUCUCAUUGAAGGAAAUGAUAUCUAUGGCAACGCCUUGGCAGGCAUUCAGAUCCGUACCAAUAGCUGCCCCAUUGUCCGGCACAACAAGAUCCACGAUGGACAGCAUGGAGGCAUUUAUGUGCAUGAAAAGGGUCAGGGUGUGAUUGAGGAGAACGAAGUUUACAGCAACACAUUGGCAGGAGUGUGGGUAACCACAGGGAGCACACCAGUACUGCGCAGGAAUAGAAUACACAGCGGCAAACAGGUUGGGGUUUAUUUCUAUGAUAAUGGACAUGGUGUGCUGGAGGACAAUGAUAUCUACAACCACAUGUACUCUGGAGUUCAGAUCAGAACCGGAAGCAAUCCAAAAAUCAGGCGAAACAAGAUCUGGGGUGGGCAAAAUGGUGGCAUCCUUGUUUACAACUCCGGUUUGGGCUUCAUAGAAGACAACGAGAUCUUUGACAACGCCAUGGCAGGGGUUUGGAUCAAGACGGACAGCAACCCCACACUCCGCAGGAAUAAGAUCCAUGAUGGGAGAGAUGGAGGGAUCUGCAUAUUCAAUGGAGGACGAGGUCUACUAGAAGAGAACGACAUCUUUAGGAAUGCCCAGGCAGGGGUUCUCAUCAGUACUAACAGUCAUCCCGUGCUGCGAAAGAACAGGAUAUUUGACGGCUUCGCUGCAGGUAUUGAGAUCACAAACCAUGCAACUGCAACUUUAGAAGGCAAUCAGAUUUUUAACAACCGCUUCGGUGGGUUGUUUCUUGCAUCUGGUGUCAACGUAACCAUGAAAGAUAACAAAAUAAUGAACAAUCAAGAUGCAAUUGAAAAAGCUGUUAGCAGAGGUCAGUGCCUGUACAAGAUUUCCAGUUACACCAGCUAUCCAAUGCAUGAUUUUUACAGAUGUCACACCUGUAACACAACGGACCGCAAUGCAAUUUGUGUAAAUUGCAUCAAGAAGUGUCACCAAGGACAUGACGUAGAGUUUAUUAGGCAUGAUCGGUUUUUCUGUGACUGUGGUGCUGGGACAUUGUCAAACCCUUGCACGUUAGCCGGUGAGCCGACGCAUGACACAGAUACGCUGUAUGACUCUGCCCCGCCUAUAGAGUCCAACACAUUGCAGCACAACUGAGGUGGAGCACAAGUGGCCCCAAGAGACUCCAAACCCUCGGUCCAGUGCUGGCUACUCUAGAUAUAAUUCAAUUUCAACAAAAGCAGAACAGACACAAACAAAAAAAAUUCAACACAGAAGACAUCUUUUACAAUGCAAGCUAUGAGGACUUUUGUACAAAAAAGACAUUCUGCUGUGGAUAUAGUGCUUCCCCUGCUUUCUUUUUGUGCAACGGGUUAGAGAGAUGGAAGAUAGUGGAGGAUGGUGACUUGGGAUCAGUAUGAAUGGCAUGAGACACUGCCCUCUAUAGGAAAGGAUGGUGCAGUACUGUACAGAA